AUGUCCACCACGACAGACCACCACCAACAGGACCCCAUAAUAACAAUAGAGAGUGAUCCCGAGGACGAUGCAAGGAUACGCAACGAUCAACAGCAAAUAAUAAGACUAUACCCAGAUGCUCGCACCGAUCGACCCAGAGAUUCCAUGAAUAGGUUCGUUGACGCUCAGGGGUCCAAUAGGGCCAUUCGAUCCACCCCUGAUCUAUCGCAUUUGAAUGACGAUCAGGAUCAGGACCAGGACGACGACGACGACAUUACGAUCGUUAGGGAGAUCGUUAAUCCGAACGUCGCAAGAGAUGAUGCUCCUAUUAACCCGGAUGCUGAGUUCAUAGACUUGGAUCAGGAGGUUCCGUAUGCUAAUGCCACCAUCCCAAGACCAAGAACCAUACAGAUCAUUACACCGUCGCCACCGCAGCAGCAGCAGGAUGACGAUCUGGUUAUAACGCAGGAGAGAACAAUGAGACCAACGGUAACGUUGAAUCUGCCCGGCGGUCAAACUUUACAAGUGGACGCCACUCCCACGGAUCAACUCGCACGAAGUUCCUUCGAAUGGCAGGAAAAUAUCCCAUUGGCAAGAAGACAAUUAUUAAGAAGAAGUACAAAUAGAGCAAAUUCUUUAUUCUUUCAUGAUGAUCACGAAUCAGAUAACGAUAAUGGAUCCGUCCCACUACCACCAAAUGUAAUAAGAUUGCGUCAAAGACAACAACAGCAAAAUCGCGAGGAACCACCUCCACCUCCACCGCCACAGGAUGAUGCAAACCCUAUAAUGACAAGACUGAGAACAAGAAUAAACACAUACUCACCGGAUAUUCAAAGUGCAUUCAAUCAUGCCCACUCAUUGCAUGAAUUCACAUCCAUAUUACAAAAUGUCGCACCACUGACGUUACAAGAAUGCGGUGACGAACUAUUAUCAUUAUUUACACAGUAUAGAAGCCAAUUAAUGGUCAAUUGGGCAACAAGAAGAGUCAGAUCAUCACAACAGAACACUUCUUCCUCCAACCAUCGUCAAAGAAAUUUAAGAAAUUUAAGAAGAAAUGGAGCUCUAAGAGUCACCCCGAACGCAAACGGGUUCAACGUGAAUUUGGCAAGAUUGUUCUUAAUGAAUCAAUUGGGGAUAAAUAAUGGUAAUGAUGAAGAUCAAUAUUUCACCGGUGCCUACAAUUCAGAAGAUGACGCUGAUCAUAAUGGCGACGAUGAAGACGAUACACAAACGCAAAAUAUUAUCAACAUGAUUCAAAGAAGAGAGGAACAAGAACAUGAUACAAGAACGAAAAGUUUCAUGGCAAGAACAAAACCACAACAGGAUGCAUUCAAGAAAAGAGCCAAUGAAUUACCAGAAAAUUAUAGUGCCAAUUUUAACACGGAACCAACAAUGAAAUUGGACAUUAAAAAAAAUGGUAAAGAGGAAACAAUAAUAGUGGAGGAUAAUGAUGCCGCCAAGAACUACAUCGAGGUACCCGCGUGCACAUUAUGUGGUGUAGAAUUAGGUGUGGGCAUACCGAAGGAUUUCCAAGGCAUAAACGAUACAGAUCGUGGUGGAUCAUUCGAAUCAUUGGUCUCUAAAUAUAAAUUCCAUUGUCCCUAUCAAAGUUUGGCAAAACCAUCUCAAUUGGAUAAAGAUUUAUCUCAAAGAGUAUUUAUGGCUUCAUGUGGUCAUACAUUUUGUGGACGUUGUUAUGCAAGAAUAGAUAAUGCAAAAUCAAAAUCAAAACUACCCAAGAAAACAUUAAAGCAAUUGAAAGGUUCCUCUCACCCAGAUAAUUAUGGACCAAGGGUAUGUCCGGCAGAUUCUUGUAGAUCACUUCUGAGAGUCAAAACCAAGAUGAGAGAAGUGUUCUUUUAA